AUGUACUCUAUGCAGAACACAGCCUUGUGGGCUACUACGCUCUUUGCUCUUAUCUCUGCUAGCCCGACUCAGGUCCGCCACUCCAGCCCCAACGGCAUGAGCAAGAGAGGCCUAGGUACCUUACGGAGUAUUAACUGCGGCCUGUGGGCGACGGCAAUAACGGCGGAUGCCGAGCAAGCGAUACAAGAUGCCGCAGCCAACGUCGGAACUAUUGCUGGCGUAUUGACGAGCAACGUCGGAACCUCUUUUGUCGGACCUCAGUCUUGCUCUCGAUUGGCAUGCGUAGGCACUAGCGGCGUCUACGUCUGUAACCACGGUGACAACGGCCACUGGGUCCAAGUCGACGAUCUCUCCGGCCCUGGUAUCGGCCUCAUCGAGAAAUGCACGAAGUUCUACAACUGGGGGGACGUAGCUUUGUAUGAGCAGACGCCUGUAUCUGGACAAGCGUUUUACGUAGGAACGACGUUGAAUCUGGUCGUCAGUUACUGCGAUAGUAAUGACGACUCGUCCAAGAAACCAAGCGAUUACAUGUUCGAUGACAACUGCGGGCCCAACGGAUGCACCCCGACUUGUGGAUGGGAUGAUGCUGAGACAUACGUUUGCCCCGUAUAG